AUACUACGUUGCCCACAUGGUACUCGUCAGCAGUAAUAUAGUUACGUUCGAGCCUGCUCCAUUCAAGAUAACGAAAUCAUGCAGCAUCACGCCAGAGCACAACGGUUUUUGAAUCGACAUGGCUGUUCAAUGGGUCACACCGCGUGAGCCAAAAGCCAUAUCCCAGGUUGCUUGCGAAUAUCGUCGUAAUGACCUUGUGCCUGAUUUCCCAAUACAGAAUCGACAUGUUGUAUCGUUGGUCCAUAAUGCACCAUUUCCAAGUAAUGAGAGUCUUUUGGAGUUGGUUGUGAUUACGCACACUAUACUGGUAUAGUCAUCCAGAAAUGCUGGAGCCUAAGGUAUCUACGCGUUCCUACAACUCUUGCCCCACAACUAGUUCCCUAUGAAUAGGCCCACCCGUCGCAUGGGGGAGCCGCAUAGAGGCUCAAAAGUCAAAGCGAGUUAGAGCCGUCUAAAUUGGUAGUGAAAUCAUAAAUGGCCAUUCAAUCUCUUGCCCAACUUGCCUCGAGGCAACCAUUGAAGAAAAUGGGAGACAAACCCACCAGCAAACUCCCCGCAAAGAACCCCACUACCUCUUACUGGCUCACCCAACCUCAUCAUUUGGCCUCAUAUCGCUCGUCCGAAACCACACCAGAGGAGGUCGAUGUCGCCAUAAUCGGUACCGGUCUGGCUGGGACUUCCAUAGCCUAUCAUAUCCUGUCGCAAAGCGAGAAUGGCUCCGAACCAAAAGUCGCUUUGUUCGAGGCUCGGCAAGCCUGUUCAGGGGCAACUGGAAGAAAUGGUGGCCAUGUAAAGGUGCAGGUUCCAUCCCUGCAGCGUGUUUCUAAGAAAUACGAUGCCGCCACAGCGCAGGAACUCUUCUCGUGGGUUUCGUCUCAGCGCAUAGCUAUCAAGACCACAGUGGAGCAGGAGGGCAUAGACUGCGACUUGCUCGUCACGCGUUCAUUUGAUGCCUAUUUCGAUGCUGCACAGGCGGCAGAAGUAAAGGCGUUCGUGGAAGAGCAGCGCCAGUCCGGUGCUACCUGGACCCAGGACGUCCAAUGGUUUGAAGGUCCAAAUCUGGAAAGAAAUACCGGGAUCAAAGGUCUGGCGGCGGCUGCAAGCGUCCCGGUUGUGUCCCUAUGGCCGUACAAAUUUGUUACUGCCCUUCUGGAGAGAGCUGUCGAGAUGGGCGCAUUUCUGUACACAGAAACUCCUGUAGAAGCUGCAGAGACUGGUGACGACGGUAUCGUCACCCUGAAGACGUCGCGCGGAACCGUGAGAGCCAAGAAGGUCAUAUACGCAACCAACGGCUACACCUCUGCUCUGCUGCCACAGUACGAAGGUGUCAUAGUGCCCGUGCGGGGACAGAACUCCAUCUUAGUGCCUCUAGCCAAGUCGCAUCAUCCGCACCCCUCCAACACGUGCAACCUGUUCCACUCUCCUAAGGCGGUGGACUAUCUCAUUCCGCGGCCAGACGGAAACAUCAUCCUUGGCGGCGGCACGGCGGCGUAUCGCAAGGACAUGGAAGACCGGAACCCGAAGUGGUUCGAUACUGUCGACGACACGACGCUGAUCAACGAGAGCGUGAAGGCACAUUUCGACAGGACGAUGGCCGAGUGCUUCCGUGGGUGGGAGGACGCGGAGGCAAGAGCUGCCAUGACUUGGACAGGAAUCAUGGGAUAUACUCCUGAUGGUGCACCACAUAUGGGUCGAGUGCCAGGUACCGAGAACCAGUGGAUCUUGGCUGGCUUCAACGGGGGAGGCAUGUCCUUGAUAUUUACGGCGACUCAAGAAAUUGCCCGCAUGGUGCUUCAGGGAAUCGAGCUGGAGGAGACGAGUAUCCCAAAGAUAUUUAAAACGACCGAAGACAGACUAGAGACGAAAUUCGCUUGAUCAUGCGAGUUUGUCCCCCAAAUUCAACAUAAAGAGGUAAUCCAGUCAGAGGCCUGGCGCCCUGGAAAGGUUUUCUUGCUUGUCGGAGGUCCGCUAGACAGAUAUGCACACAGGUAGCUAAUGUUUCUUUACCUAAUAAAUAACAACAUGGAACAUAUGUUUGCU